AUGUCAAGCGGUGAACAACAGUUUCGCGAAUCAUUGCGUUCUUUCCGUUGGGCUUCUAGCUCUAACAACGCUAAUAUUUCCACUAGUAAGUCUACACCCUUUUCUCGACUUGCUGAAAACACUUCAAAUUUCUUUGGAAGCGUUGGUAAUAGGGUGCAGGGCUAUCUACCCUUAACAAACAAUGGAGAACAAGAAGAUGAAUGGUUUACACUAACUAGAUGGCAGCGACUCGUUGGUUUUGGAAUAUUAUUUGCUUCUGGAGCGCUUUGCUUUAUUAUCGCAUUCAUUUCUUUGCCACUUUUGGCUAUAAAACCACGAAAAUUUGCAGUUACCUACACAAUGGGCAGUCUUUUAAUAUUAUCAAGUUUUGCAUUACUUUAUGGACCAUUUGCUCAUCUUCGACAUAUGAUUUCUCGAGAACGUCUUCCUUUCACCAUUGCUUAUAUUGGCUCUAUGGCCACGACUCUAUAUUUUGCAAUUGGG